GGUAUCUUCAGUGUGACCCUUUUAGUAGUUACAAGCAAGCGGUUGGCCAUCGAUGAGGGAGUUCUGAAUAUUAUCAUCAGAGAACCUUUGUAACCAUGGCUGACUUUGAGCAACCGAGUCAGCUUGCUCACGAGGAUCCUGCGAUGUAUUCCGAGCUGAGCAAUUUCAAUAUUGAGAAGCGAAUAGGAAAGGGACAGUUCAGCGAGGUAUACCGGGCCAGAUGCCUCGUCAACGACAAAGUCAUGGCACUUAAAAAAGUCCAGAUAUUUGAAAUGAUGGAUGCAAAAGCCAGGCAUGACUGUAUAAAGGAAAUUGAUUUACUGAAGUCUUUAAACCACGAUCAUGUGAUCAAAUAUUUGGCGUCAUUUGUUGAAAACAACGAGCUGAACAUUGUACUAGAGUUGGCAGAUGCAGGGGACUUAUCAAGGAUGAUCAAGCAUUUCAAGAAACAAAAGAGAUUGAUUCCAGAGAGAACCAUAUGGAAGUACUUUGUGCAGCUUUGCAGUGCUCUAGAACACAUGCAUACGAGGAGAGUUAUGCACAGAGACAUCAAGCCUGCUAACGUUUUCAUCACCGCCGAUGGCAAGGUUAAGUUAGGUGACCUGGGAUUGGGGCGUUUCUUCAGCUCCAAGACCACUGCAGCACAUUCCUUGGUGGGUACGCCAUACUACAUGUCACCAGAGCGCAUUCACGAGACCGGGUACAACUUCAAAUCAGAUAUCUGGUCACUUGGCUGCUUGUUAUACGAGAUGGCAGCCUUACAGUCCCCCUUCUAUGGCGACAAGAUGAACCUUUAUGCACUUUGCAAGAAGAUUGAUAACUGCGAUUACCCACCCCUUCCCGCUGAUCAUUACUCCCAGGAGCUCUGUAAUUUGGUUGCAAUGUGCAUUCAUCCCAACCCACACCAAAGGCCCGACAUCUCUGCAAUCCUGGAACUGGCCACCAAGAUGCAUCUGCAGAGUGUACAGUCAAGUUAGUUAUCUUGUGUAGUCCCAUCCCUAUCUUUCCAUGUCCCUACAAAAUAUACUUCAACAAGGGUACACCGAGAUGAACUUAAUAUCCCUGUGUGUACUGUGCCGAGUAGAAGGUGAGUGUGUUGUGUACAGGGUGUAUUUGAUGGAUCACAGCCCCACACUCCGCCAAGGCCUGGUAACAUGAACCUUUUAUAAUCGAUCAUAAGGCUGGUUUCUACAAUGAAUUCAAGCAUUAAUUAUGGUAAAUGAUCGAUCAUAAAAUCGGCCUGCAAUUCAUCGCUAAGCUUUAUGUUAAAGGGCCCUGAAAGACGGAGGGACGGUUCUCCUCUAUGUAGCGGCAGGACCUGGCUGAGAAACUGAAUCAUGAGAUGCGAUCAGACUGGCCACAAGCAGGAAGGUUUCACGGCUCAGUCUUAUACCACAAAUCAUCUUUCACAUUGUUAUAAAGGUGUUCUCUCUCCUUUAGGAAACGGUUUUGCAGAAUUACUCUUCAAUCUGACUGCUAGCAAUCACUCAAGGAAAAUCAUUAGGAAGAGAAAAAUGUACUAAGAAUCAAACUAUUUUCAGUGCAGUUGAUUGUGCUUUAUCUGAAUAAAACUUCCUUUAGCUGAGACUAAUCCUUGAAUGCUCUCUGAAUUGGCAAUAGAAUGAUAACAAUCGCCAUUUAAAAAAAUGCACAUUGGCAAUGAGAUAUGCCCAUUUUCAUUUAUCUUUACUUGUGUCAUGGGCCUACUUCUCUGAGUAGUAGGUCCAUGGUUAAUCAUACUUCAUAUUAAGAAUCAUGUAACAGGGUUGAUAAAAUUAUGAUGGUUGCCAAUUUGAUUUUGCAAACAGAUUUAUUAAAAGCUGGAGAAAAAAAUGUGUGAACCUCUGAACUAGCCACACAGAAACAUUGUUAGUGCUAACAGAUCAGUAACAAUAGGCCACGCAAUCACAUCUUUUGGAUUGUGAUGUCAAAACGUUGAUCCAAGAUGAUAGUAACACAUUGUUGUGUCAUUAGGCAAUGACGCGACAUUACCGGUUGUAACAGGGCCUCUGUUUUUAGGACAUUCUGUAUAGCACUAACAAAGUUUUUGUGCAGCAGGUACUAAUGGUUAAAGAGACUAUUGCCUGUUCAUUGGGGGUAUUAUGCACUUUUAGGGGUGUCAUAUUUUUUGUCGGAUUUGAUGCCAGUCUACUGCAUUCCCAUUGCUGCUCCACCAUAAUAACACAGAAUGUCUUUGUACUUGCAUUGUAGCUCAAAGUAUAUAAAUACACAAAGUAAACAUGGCAUCACUUUGAUUUUAAACUUAUGCUGUUAUAUACAGAUUAGCGAGACAGGUGAGAGAGUAAAAUUCCUGAUUAUCCGUUUUAUUUCCUCAUCGAUAGCUAACGGCAAGAAAAAUUUAUGUUUCCGUCCAGGUUGUGAGUGGUAUUAGUAGGGGCAGUUAAGAUUUCUAGACAAGACUGGAUGGAUAUUUAUCUCUCUUUCAGCACUGAUCCCAAUGGUGAUACUUGUAUAACUUUAUAUUUUAUUUUUUUGUGAACACUACUAUUAAAAUGAAUAUUAUAUGAUAGCAUUAUUUUCUUGACAGUAGUGAAGCAACAAGAAAUACUGGUGAGUGUUUCAAAAGUUGUUUAUGUGGAAUGUUGUUAGAAAGACUGCCCAGUAACCAAUCUGUGGUGUUUCAACUAUGCGAUUGAUCUCAAAUGUUUGUGCUACUUGGUGGACUGAUUGUGGAUGAUAUUAUACUUCAGGACCUUGUCAGACAAAGAGUUGUGAUUGAUCUUAUCAAUCUCUAUUGAAGUCAUGAUUCUUCCUCUAGGAAUUGUACAUAGUGUCACUUUGGAAGCAGAGAUAAAUUGUCGUGACUAUGAUGCAUGCAUUGCAAUACCUUACAUUAUAUCCUUGUGUUGGCGCAAGAAUGUCCUUUAAUAGCAAAACAUUUUGAUUUUCGCGCACCACAUUGGUGCAAAAACGUCCUUACGCAGUGCACUUGAAUGCAUACUGCUAAGGUUGUUUUGGCGUGCAUAGGAUGCGCGAAAUCCUAUGCACAAAAGUACAGUGUUAAGUGCAUUAUUGCACCACCAAAACAAAAUUUGUUGGGCAGGCAGAAAACUCUUUUAACGAACAUGCAUUCUACAUUUUGGCGUUACUGGCUGCCAUACAUACAUGUAAUUAUGAUACUUAUAAUUGAUCUGAUCAAUCGCAAUUCUUUGUGAGAUUGAGCACAGGUGUAUAAUUUGCAGUCAUACUAUGUGUAUUAAUUGUGUGCAUAACGAUUUCCUAAACUGUAAUGAAAUACUCAGAAUAUGUGAUUUCCUUUCCACCUGUAUGGUAAGCCGUGUGUGUGUUAUUUUUCCAUAAGAAAUAUUUAUGUUAUAAUCUAUUUCAAUACAUUUGUCUGCUGCCAUGAAGAAUUGCACGAAUGCCUCAAUUAAGCUGAGGACCAAAGGCUUAAAGGUCUUUCCGAGGGACCUGGUAAUAAAGAUGUAUGACUUUUUAAUACUAAAAGUGCAUUAAUGCGCAAAGCAGGAAUUGAAACCGGGUCACUGAAGUCCAGAACCCCGGCCCUACCGACUGAACUAUCAUGUUUGCUUUGUGAAACACUUGCUAGUUCCCCUUUUCUUGUCUUUGGCUAUUACUGCAUUCCAUGAUAUGUAUAUUUAGUGGAUGUAUAUGUAUUUUCUAAAGUGCUUUGACUCUGAAGUGACCUUCAAGAAAAAUAUUUAGUCACUGUGUGUCUUUUCUUUUUUGAUUGACAGAAAUUGAUUCUACUUGUGUGUACUUUCAUGAAAGCCUUUGUGAUAUCCAUUUUGAUAUAGCUGUACAAAACAGGAUGAUAAUACUGGAAGUGUGUCUGUGGUUCAAUAUGCCAGUUUAUAAAUGUGCAUUUUUGUGACAUCCUAGAUGGGUCUUUUGUGCCUAAAGAUGAUGUUUCAUUUCAAAUACUUCAUUGUUUACAGCAAGGAUGCUGUGAUCUGUUUCAUUCACAAAAAUAUGAAGAUUUAUUGAAGCCAUUUAUAAUUAUAUUGAAUAUAUUGGAAACUUCUUUGUAAUAUCCUACAUGUAGAUGUAUGUUCUGGAACUUCCAGUUUACAUGCAUUUCAAUUCAACAACAUAUACAUGCAUAUGGUGACAUGGUAAAUGUCUCUAACUUCUACAUAGUUGACAACUGGAACAACUUUUAUUUUUGGUCAUACUGUAUUUUCGUUUUGGUCAUAUUACUGUCCUGAUGUUAGUGUCCUAAAUAUGAUGCUAUCGUGAUUAAUUUUUGUAUGGUGUAACAGUAUUUUCUAUUUGUCAGAUGCUACUGUACGUGUAGCUGUCGAGAUUAUAUAUUGAAAAGAUAUAUUGUGAAUAAUAAAGACAGAGAAAGGAAAAGAUAUUUUUGUAAAUACACGCAAGAUACAUGUUUGACAGUGUCUAGCAAAUAUUGACAGAUGUGUUUGAGAUAUACAGAGAGAUGGGUAUGAAAAUGAACUAUUAAUAUUUCAAUUUUACUGAAAAUGAUUCUAUAAGUAUUGCUAACUAUGAUCUUGUAUAUUAAACCAAUCAAUUCCUGGUGGAUUUUUUCUAAAGAAUUAUUUUUCAUUGAUUCGUAAUGGUCUGUUUGAGUGUAUUUAUUAGUGAGUUUAAACACUGUUCACGAUAACACACAAAAUUACAUAUAUGAAUACACAAUUUACACAUUUGUAAAGUUUCUGUCUGCAUAUAAUGUACCGGUACUUCAUAUUUUUAUUUAAUAGGUAUAUACAUGUAAUGUAAAUUGAAUUAUUCCAUGUAAAUUACAUUGCCUGUCAUGGACAAAGCAUUUCCCUUUUCUGUAAUACAUGGGCAUUAAAGUCGAGUACUGUGGAUUACCUAUUCUUUCAGAUAUUUUGUAUCCUAUCAAUAGCAGUGCUUGUUCUUUUUUUAGGGGAGGGGAACCCAAAAAAGUCCUUGGUAGGUCACAGACUUUGGGUUCCUUUUAAAUAAAUUUAAGAUGCUUUAAUAGUGACCUUUUGAGAUGAGAUAUUAUUUCUGUUUGUAAAUAAUGUAAGAUUCAUGUUGUUCAUGGUCCCUUUCCAUAAGACUCGUUAUAAUGCUCAAUACCAGUUCACUCUUAGCCAAUCAAAUCAAAUGAUUCGAAACUGUUAAUUACAAAUUUGGUUUUAUAAAUGUGAAAGGGCCCAGUUGUCCUCUCUUGGGGUGAUAACAGUGGCAUGGUCCCCCCCCCCCCCCUUAGUGAUGAUAAGUAAGGAUUUCUGUGUCCAUGAAAGCCAUACUAGUACAAAAGUAGAUAUAGGCAUGUUUUUGUUGAUGCUCUUGACAUUCCUACAAUGUGAAUACUGUUUGGGAAUUACAUAGAUGUAUAAGCAAGCAAUAGGUGUUAAGUGCUCCAUCACUGUGUCCGUCACAUUAGCAAUUCCCAAACAGUUUAAAUUGUCCUCAUUUUUUAGCUAUAUUAAGGCGACCACACACCUUACGAUUGGUCUGCGACCCAAUUUUAUAAUAAAAUGUAGUAUAGAAUUUGAUGCUAAUAUUGAGACUUGGAAUAUCUUACUGUGUAAUGUUCUAAAUCAUUGUACGAAUACCUAUGUUCAAAUCUGUGACUAUGCUAUCAUCCUUCUUAGAAUAAAAGCGAAUUUAAUAUCUAGUCGUAAUGACGUCGUAGCAGUCGUACGAUUGGUUACGAUUUGAAACUAAUUUGACCUUUACUCCAAAAUAAAGGCUUGCAAUCUUUCAAAAUGAUUAUAUUAGCAUUCUUUCAAUUAAUUUUAACCUCAAAUAAAAUGAAAUGUUCCAUUCACAUUUCCAGAAAAUGAGUAAAAUGCGAUUUGUUUCAAAUCAGAUCGCGAACAGUCGUAAGGUGUGCGGUGGCCUUUACCAAGUCUGUCUGCAGAAGGUUUGGAUGAUUGCUGCACAUUUUCAGACCCUUGAAAGACCUUUGACCAAACUUUCAUCUAAUGGCAUAUCCAGUAUCUAGUUGCCCAUUCAAUGGUACACUUCAGAAGGACCAUACCCUGGCUUCAUAUCCUGUUUUUUUUUUUAGGCGCUUGGUGCAUUAAAGGAAAUGUUAUUCUGCUUGGUACCGAUUCACCUCACCUGGUUUGAAUGCAGCACAAUGUGGAUCAAUUAUUGACGAGGGAAAGUGUGUCAUCGCUGGGGUUUGAACCCAUGGCCCUUUGUUUCAAAGGCUAGAGUCUGCUUCAUGUAGGACCACCGACCAAAAGACUAGUAUUCACCACUUGACGCCCUCCUCCCCCCCCCCCCUUCCCCUGCCUUUGACCUUACUAAAGUUAACUUCAGAGGCACAAUGAAAAUUUGUAAUGUUAAAAUAGAAGUGUGCCCUCCCCCCUCCCCCCUUUGAAAGUGAAGACCUUUUUCUUUUUUUCUUUUUUUUUGCUUGUCAAACUUUUUCGUGGACGAAAUGUCAUUAAUUUUUUUGUUUUUUUCAAAACCAACCUUUUUUUUAAUUUGCAUUUUUUUUUCCUUGUCAAUUUUUUACCCGUGAAAAUGUGCCCCUCCCCCCUUUGAAAAUCCUGGAUCUGCCCCUGGGUAGAUUCUACCACCCCCACCCCGAUCAAACACUUUUUUUCCAUAGCUGGAUAUGCCAUUAAAUGUUCAACCUAAAUAUUUACAGAAUUAAUGAAACAUUCAUAUUUUAAGGUACAUUGCAUUUUUUUUUCCUUGUCAAUUUUUUACCCGUGAAAAUGUGCCCCCCCCCCUUUGGAAAAUCCUGGAUCCGCCCCUGGGUAGAUUCUACCACCCCCACCCCGAUCAAACACUUUUUUUUCCCUAGCUUUUAUUUGCAUUUUUUUUCCUUGUCAAUUUUUUACCCGUGAAAAUGUGCCCCCCCCCCCCCUUUGGAAAAUCCUGGAUCUGCCCCUGGGUAGAUUCUACCACCCCCACCCCGAUCAAACACUUUUUGUCCAUAGCUGGAUAUGCCAUUAAAUGUACAACCUAAAUAUUGACAGAAUUAAUGAAACAUUCACAUUUUAAGGUACAUUGAGUGUAUUUUGCUUAAGGGUGUAUAAGUUAUCAAAGAUUACAAAUCAUUCGUCGGAUCAUCUAUGUGAACAUAUUUCUUGUGUGAAGUGUUUUUCCUCUAAGUUUUCAUUUGUUUGGUAGUGAUGUGAUACAUGAUUUACCGUGACAUGUCUACUGAUCAUUCUUCGUUUGGUGUGCAUUAAAACUUUGUUUAUAUUAUAUUGA